AUGAGUGCCAUACUAUCAGCAGACGAUUUAAAUGACUUUAUAUCACCAGGAGUAGCAUGCAUCAAACCAGUACAGGACACAACCCGCAAAACAGAUGCGAAUGAGAACGGAGAGGUUGAAAUUCAAAUAGAUUCCGAGGGUAAUCCACUAGAAAUAUCCAAGAUUGAUGGCAAACAAACCAACUUGACACCAGCUCAAAUCUCUCUUGCUGAUUGUCUUGCUUGCUCAGGAUGUAUAACAUCCGCUGAGGAGGUUUUGGUUGCGCAGCAUUCACAUCAGGAACUCGUAAAGGCAUUGAAAUCACCAGAUGAUAAAAUAUUUGUCGCCAGUAUAUCCCAACAGCUGCGUGCUUCGUUGGCUACGGCUUAUGGUCUACUGGUGGAGACUAUAGAUAAGCUAUUGAUUGACUUGCUAGUUAACAAAAUGGGGUUCAAGUAUGUUGUGGGGACAUCACUAGGCAGGAAAUUGUCAUUGAUAAAUGAAGCAAAGCAUGUAAUUGCGAACAAAAGUAAAGAUUCGAAGCCUAUACUAUCGUCGAUAUGUCCUGGAUGGGUAUUGUAUGCUGAAAAGACUCACCCAUUUGUGCUACCCAUGAUCUCAACUGUCAAAUCAGCACAACAGAUUACCGGAUGUUUAUUAAAGACAUUGACUGCGCAUGAUUUUGAAGUACCCAAAUCACAAGUUUAUCAUUUGUCAAUUAUGCCGUGCUUUGAUAAGAAGUUGGAAAGUGCCAGGCCCGAAAUGUUUGGAGACACAACUCCAGAUGUCGAUUGUGUAUUGACAGCAAAGGAAUUGAUUGCACUACUCGAGGAGGAGAAUUAUCAACUUGUUCCCAAGAUAAGUCCACCAAUAGUAAAUAAACCGGUAAGCGAGGUUUACAAGUCAGUAGCACCCAAUAACUGGCCAUUUGUUGAAUACUCCUGGUCAAAUGAUCCCGGUUCUGCAUCAGGCGGAUACGCUUUCAACUACCUUCGAUUAUUACAAGACGACAUGGUAUUACAAGGACAUAAUGAGUCAGACUUUUCAAUGAAGAUAAUACGAGGCAAAAAUUCAGAUGUUUACGAAAUGAGACUUUUGUACAAAGAAGACAAAAUUGCCAGUGCAGCAAUUGUAAAUGGAUUCAGAAACAUUCAAAAUCUAGUGAGGAAACUUAAACCAGAUGGAAAGAGUACAGGUAAAACCAACCCAUUAGUUGCGCGCAGAAGAGCAAGGAUGAAGACGGAGCUGUUGCUAGUGGAAGAAACAGCCGACCCUUCUAAAGUUGACUACGUUGAAAUAAUGGCAUGUCCUAGUGGAUGUAUCAAUGGCGGUGGUCAAAUCAGACCCCCGCAAGAAGUUACCGAGAAGGAUUGGAUUGAUGAAGUGUUGACCAAGUAUAAUACUGUGCCAAUUUUUGACUUGUCUUUGCAUCCACAGGAAGUGCAGUCCUUUAUUGAAUGGAGCAAUUCGUUUGAGCAAGAAUUUGGAGUCAAUGAAGAUAGGUUGUAUAAAACAUACUUCAAUGAAGUAGAGAAACCAACUGACCCGACUGCAAUAUUAGUUGGAUCAAAGUGGUAA